CCAACAACGCGCCACGAGUUUUCAAAAUCCAAUCCCAGCCGUUGAAUUUCAACAGCUUUGAUAUCCGACGGUCAGAGGCAAGCCUCGAGAACCCUCUCUCUCUCUGCUGCCAUUAUUUAUCUUGCAGCUCCUGCUUGUGCUCGACUCGCGUCCUGAGAGUUUCUUCUUUCGCUUCGAAUUCGUCUCCAUUUCUUCAAAGUAUCAUCGUCCGCCAUGGGAAAGUGCUACCCAGUUGUGAGUGAGGAGUACCAGAAGGCCGUGGAGAAGGCCAAGAGGAAACUCAGAGGUCUCAUCGCUGAGAAGAACUGCGCUCCUCUAAUGCUACGCCUCGCAUGGCACUCCGCCGGAACCUUCGACAAGAAAUCCAAGACUGGUGGCCCGUUCGGAACUAUUAGGUUCUCUAAUGAGCUUGCCCAUGGCGCCAACAAUGGCCUCGACAUCGCCGUCAGGCUAUUGGAGCCCAUCAAGGAACAGUUCCCCAUCCUAUCAUACGCCGAUUUUUACCAGUUAGCUGGUGUUGUCGCUGUUGAGAUUACAGGAGGGCCCGAGGUUCCUUUCCACCCGGGUAGAGAGGACAAGCCUGUGCCACCCCCAGAAGGUCGCUUGCCCGACGCUACCAAAGGUUCUGAUCAUCUGAGGGAUGUUUUCUACACCAUGGGUCUCUCAGACCAGGACAUUGUCGCUCUCUCUGGCGGUCACACAUUGGGUAGGGCACACAAGGAACGAUCUGGCUUUGAGGGGCCAUGGACUUCCAACCCUCUCAUCUUUGACAACUCUUACUUCACCGAACUCUUGACCGGGGAGAAGGAAGGCCUUCUGCAAUUGGUAUCAGACAAGGCCCUUCUGAGCGAUCCUGUCUUCCGCCCCCUUGUCGAAAAAUAUGCUGCGGACGAGGAUGCUUUCUUUGCUGACUAUGCUGAAGCUCAUUUGAAGCUUUCUGAGCUAGGAUUUGCUGAUGCUUGAGCAAUUGGAAUGGAAAAAUGAGGCUGCAGGCUUUUGUUGUUUAUGUUAGCUUUGAUUUGUAGGUUUGGUUGGGUUGGGUGGCUGUUUGUUUUUUUGGACAGUUGGUUUGAAAUUGGGAUGGUGGGUUUCUAGUUUUGUUUUGUUGGGGACUUAUUGAGCAGAAUGUAAUGCUCGUCUCCCAGCCUCUUUGGACUUGAAUAAAACACCGUUGAGUUGCUUGUUAGAUGAU